CCGGAAGCACAGAGUCGACUCGCGCCCCGCGGACGUCACUUCGUACGGCCCCUCCCUCCGCCCUGUGACACCGCUGCCGGCCCCGAGCAGGCCCCGGGGGGAGCGCCGCGGCCCCGCGCACGCCGAAGUCUCUUUCCCCGGCAUUCGACCCUGUGUACCAAAGAAAUGGUGAUGGAGAAGCCCAGUCCCCUGCUUGUAGGGCGGGAGUUCGUCAGACAGUACUACACUCUGCUCAAUAAAGCUCCUGACUUCCUGCACAGGUUUUAUGGCAGGAAUUCUUCUUAUGUCCAUGGAGGAUUGGAUGCUAGCGGGAAGCCACAAGAAGCAGUGUAUGGCCAAGCUGAGAUACACAAGAAAGUGAUGUCACUGCAGUUCAGUGAGUGCCACACCAAGAUUCGCCAUGUGGAUGCUCAUGCCACUCUGAGCGAUGGGGUGGUGGUGCAAGUCAUGGGGGAGCUGUCUAACAAUGGGCAGCCCAUGAGGAAGUUCAUGCAGACCUUUGUACUUGCUCCAGAGGGGUCUGUUCCAAACAAGUUCUAUGUACAUAACGAUAUCUUCAGAUAUGAAGAUGAAGUAUUUGGGGAUUCUGAAGGAGAACUUGAUGAAGAGUCUGAAGAGGAAGUGGAGGAAGAACAGGAGGAAAGACAACCAUCACCUGAACCCGUGCAAGAAAAUGCAAGCAGUACCUACUAUGAGAAUCAUCCUGUCACCAAUGGUAUAGAGGAGGCACUGGAAGAAUCAUCUCAUGAGCCUGAGCCGGAAUUGGAAUCAGAAACAAAACCUGAGGAGCUGAAGACUGAGGUAGAAGAAAAGGCUCUUGAGGAGCUGGAAGAGAAGUCUCCUUCUCCACCUCCCGUAGAACCUGUUUCGCUACCCCAAGAACCACCAAAGGUCAGUUAAAAUACAUAUCUGUGCUUCUUGGUGCAGAUGGUAAACCAGAAGGUUUGGAUCUAAUCUUACCAUUUUGAGUGGCCAAACUCUUUUCAGUAUCUGAAACUGUCUAGAUUUAAACCUUCAACUUAAAAA